CAAGAUGGAAAUUUACAUAAUUGUUGACUUUCAGACGAUAACAAAUUGGUUUUACGCUUGAAUGAUGGUCUGAUUUUAGAUUUUCCUGUAUAUUUACGGCCAUGUGCUCCCAGAGGAAAUGUGGAGAAAUAUCAAAAGAAUAUGACAAGGAACUGAAGUGCAAGACAGGGCAUUAAAGUGGCUCAUAUGUCCAUGCACCAAUGGCAUUUAUGGACGAUGCCCAAUUUGUGAUUUCCCAAAUCAGACACUCGUGUGUGACAAGCGAUGAUACGGGCGUGAGUGAAAUUGUCAUUGUAAAUGAAGAAAUAGAAAAUGAAAAACAGUUGCAAAGACGAAAAUUUAGGGAUAAUUUGGGAGAGUUUGCAUUUUCAAACUCAUUUGACAUUGAAGUCAGUCCAAUGGGAUCAGGGCAUGGAGGUUCUGUAGAAAAGCCGCCUAGAAAACCACCCAGCAACAGAAUUGGAGAUGCAGCAUGUCAAAUGGUCCAUUUAAAAGACCCUGAACCAAUAUCAAGUGUAGAUUUGCCUAAACUUUACCCUAAGAAAGACUUAAAAGAUGGCCAAACCAAGACAGAUGGAAAGUCUACAUCCAAGCUGGCAAUAUUAGUAGCAAAUUCUCACAACCAACCUAAGAAUCCUUUUGCCCACUAUGGAAAGUUUGAUGGAGAGGGUUAUUCAAGAACAAAUAAAGUUCGCUCAUUUAAGAUUUUUUUCCCUUUACCAUCAUCACAAGGGCCUCAACAAUCCCCAAUGAAUAUCUGUCUGAUUGUUGAUGGUGCCCAUGUUCAAGACUUAAUUGGUCUCAUCAUGUUCAAAUAUACAGAGAAAGCACGAAAACCAGAACUAAAGGAUGAUGUAAAGUCUUACUGUUUGUUGAUUGCUGAUGAAGCAGAUGGAGAAGUUGAUUUUGAUUUACCUGCACUGGAUAAUGGUGAAAAUAUUAGCAAAUUCGACUUCAAAGCUUUGGCAUUAUCUUACAUAGAGCCUGAAGAAAAACCACCAGAACCAAAACCUUCAAGUAGUUCUGAUAUUAUAGUUGAAGUAUGUGAAGAGAAACGAGGUUCAUCGAAAUUCGCAGUGGAAGGAGUUGAUGUGAAAAUGAAAAUGGUUUUGGAGAAGAUGCUAAAGAAACGCGGAAUCAAACGAACGGGUCACGAGUAUGUCUUGGUUAAGAAGAACGAUCCAACAAUAGCGAUAGAUCUGGAUGAUACUUUAGAAAAGAUGGAAACUUCAGAGUUUCAAUUGGUUAAGAAGUCAAAUAUGCAGCGAACAAAGAAAGAAUCUAGUGAGAAAAAUGGCAAGAUUGUCACUGAUCAGCCAGAUUAUUUUACGCUGCAACAAUAUAACUACGAGGCAUUCAAAGUGACGAUGCUUCAAGGCUUCCUACAUGCAAAGAGUGAAGUUCAGUUAGGAAUUGACUCGAAAAAUAUCGAGAUUACACAAACAGGACAAUCGAGUCAAAGACAAUUCUGGAAUAAAUCACCACGUGCAGUCAACAUAGAGAUGGAAUAUGUUGCACAUUCCGAAGUAAUAAAGACCGGGAACAGAUCGACGUUUAGGAUAAUUUAUAGCAAGGAAAACCGUGAUUACAAGAAUUAUGAUUUUGAAUGUUCACAAAGUAUUGCAAAUGAAAUAGUUCGUAAAAUAGAGAAGAUUAUAUAUUCAUCACCGAAGAGCGACAGUGUAAAAGAAUACCAACGAAUGCGGGAUAGAAGGUCGAAAAAGUCAUGACAAGACGAGAACGUAGUGUGAUUUUUCAAAUGCAGUAUAGCUAAGCUCUAGUUACAACCCCCCCCCCGACCCACUCACUCGGAAUUUUCAUGAAUGAUUUUCUCCUUCUUUUUCAUAAUGACGUGUUACGUGCGGAAAUUAUAAUGAUUGUGCUAAAAAUGUUAAAAGUAAUCAAAAGGCUUACUACUUAAUGAAGUAUGCACAUUUUGCAAGGCGAUAUUUUACACCUUUAUAAUAUGUUGGACCUUAUCAAAUUAUCUUUCAGUAGCAUGUCAGCUGGUAAAAAAACAGUUAUUUUCUGGAUGAAUUCAAGCUAAACUUAUGCACAAAGAUAACUUUAGAGGCACAACAAAACAGAAAUUUUGACAUGAGAAUGCAUGUGCUGCUGCAUGUUUACAAAAGGAUGACUAUGUCAAAAUAUCAGAGAGGUUAAGUUACGCAAGAAAGUUCAUGGUAAUAUUCACAUACACUAUGACAAAAAGGGAGAUGAUCAACUAAGCCAGGAUAUAUAUGCUUGCAUCAAUUAAAAAGGAGACAAAAACUAACACCCCUGAACGAGAUUACUUCUCUUAAACUCACUAAUAUUGUUAUAUAACAAUCCUGGACAAUAUAAAAACUUUUUUUAAAUAUCUUCAGGUAACAAAAAUAUGUAUAUAAUUUCUUCAUUUCAAGUGAUAAUCCUGUUUAUGCUGUAUGUCAACAGCAGAGGUUUUGUACAAAUUUAAAGCAAGAACAUUACAGUAAGUUAUGUGGUACAUUAAAUACAAAGCAAUUAUGGUGGUUGUACUAAAGAAAAAAUGCAUCCUUGCAAUAACCAUCUUUUGUGUGAAAUAGUUAGUAAAAUAACCCAAAUUAACUCAGUAACAGACAGUACUCUUCCAUUGAUGAGUGAACUCAUCUGACAUAAGACAGAGUAAAACAUCAAAGUAGGACCCAUCUGAGUGCAUUGCCU